AUGGAGAGCUAUUAUCAGCCUCGUAACUACGAUACUAAAGAGAGUGCCCCGGGUCCGGCCCGACGCUACCUAUCUCUUGGUGAGGGGGUGGGGGAUAUAGGCGUCAGGCAGCCGGCCACAUUUUACACCGUGGUACCGCCCGUGAGCUCGUCCGCUGCCCAUGCGUCCGGAGCCGCUAGAGAUGGAAUGACCGCUGCAGAUGGAGGAGUGACCGCUGGAACCUUUAAUCUCGGUAUUCACGCGUGUGGCACGGCGGUUACAAAGGAAGAUGGUCACAGUCGAUUGACAUCUGAUCGGUAUGACGGCAAUUUUCAUGACUUGCAAAGCACUUCUCCGAGAAGGAAACAGCGGCGCUACAGGACCACGUUCACGGGUUUCCAGCUGGAGGAACUGGAAAAAGCGUUUCAGAGAACGCACUACCCGGACGUGUUCUUCAGAGAAGAGUUAGCGCUCAAAAUAGACUUAACGGAAGCUCGCGUUCAGGUGUGGUUUCAAAACCGAAGAGCCAAAUGGAGAAAACAACAAAAAGCUCAUGUCAGGGACCUGGACGUGUCGCAAGCAUUACCGUCAAAUACUAAGAGCCCGAGGCACAGCUGUGACGUAGUGGGCGUGUCACCACCCAACCGACCCAGCGUCCCACCAAUCACAGGCAUCCCUCUGCCAAGCGUAUAUUUCCACAACAAUCUGAACGCGGAUUGGGCGCCGCCAUACGGUAAUGCAGUGACGUCAGGUCCUUUGACGUCAUUCCUUACCACAACCAGCAAAGAAGAAGACAAACCAAAAGGUAUCGGAUGGACGCUCUUCUCCACUCUAGAGGACCUUGAUUUUGCAGAUGACCUUGCUCUCGUGUUUGACACCCAAUAG